AUUUGUGUGAGAGGAAAAGAGACAAAAUAUAAUAUUCCCAAAAAAGCUUGCCAGUGUAGACGAGCAUUUUAAUGAUUUUUGAAUUUUUUUUAUGUGGCAACGCUAACCGCCAUAAAGGUAAACAACAACAAUGAGCUCGCCCGACAAAUCAGAACCAAAAUUCUUCGUUAAAUGCGUUUUACCCCAAUGUAAAGGAUUACGUUUUAGUUUAUAUCAUAAAUUUCCACGAAAUCUGCAAAAAUCUAAAGCCUGGUUGAAGGCUAUUGAUGAUCCCAAACUUUAUGCCAUUCCCCAUUUACGUCUAAUGACUAUGGUUAUAUGCUGUCGUCAUUUUCGCAUUUCAGACUAUACUCAUCCUGAAUCAAGGAAAUUAAAUGCAGUAGCAGUUCCAAGUUUAAAUCUGAAGACACUUAAUCAAUUGGACAUAUGCCGCCAUUCUAAAACGAACGAGGUGAAAUAUUAUACUACAGAACGUUGGCCUUCUAAUAAUAUUUAUACGGAGGAUAAUGAGAAUAAUGAACCUAAUACAACUAAAGAAGAAACUAAUGAAAUAUUUCCAAUUUCCCCUAAAAGUUUUAAUAAUAAAAAACAAAAUUCAUUAACAUCUGAUGAUGCUGCUUUUCUAAAUGAUAAUAUGUUGAACUGUAGCAAAGAUGUAAAAGAUUCAACUCUAACGACUACUUGUCUCGAAGAAGGUAAUAGUUUUGAGCUAGUGGUUAAUGAUGGUUUUAUACAAAUGAAAGAUUCUAAACUGGACACUGAGGUAAAAGCUGAUGUAUUAUGGAUGCGUCAUAUAUGUCGUUGUAGUGAAUGUUUUGAUAGUAAAGCCAAUAGGCCAUUGAUAGAGUUUUUUGAACUUGAUCAGGAUUUACAACCGGUAAUGGCCACAGUUAUAGAGGAAACUAGAAAAUUGGAUAUAAUAUGGAGUGAUGGUCACACUUCUUCCUACAACCUCUCAAUGUUAUACGAACAACUGCAAAAAUCUCAAACAGUCAUCACCCCUAAUUAUUUAUUAUGGAACUUUCAACACACUCAAUAUCGCGAUGAUUUACAAUCCAUGAACUUUUACGAACUAUUACAAACGAACACAUCAGGCAUCUAUAAAGCCUUAGAUCGUUUGCAAAAAUCAGGAGUAUUGAUCAUAAAACAAGUACCCAAAGAUGAUAAAGAUUCCUUAUUGAAAAAAAGUAUUAUAACGAAAAUAUUUAAUAUUUCAUGCAAUCAAAUAAUUAACGAAAAACGACAAAAGUCCUUAGGAGAACACAAGACACCACAUACGAAUUGUACUUUCGAAUCCAUGGACAAAGGCAUACAAAUACUGACAGUGUCUCCGGAUAAAGAGUAUUUAAAAUUACAACUAACUCUAGUGGAUGGUUUUCAGGCCAUAGAACAAUUACCCAAAGCAACACAAGAAUUUCUAUCAUUUCAUCAAAUGGACUAUUGUUUUGAAGAUGACAAAGGUUCUAAAUAUAAAAUAAAACAACCGGUAUUAUGGAAAAGUGAUCAAUUGGAACGUAUCUGGUUUAAUCCUUAUCACUUGGAUAGUAUUAAUACACAAGAUUAUUGCUCGGCGAGUAAACAUUUUAAGCUUUUAAAUAAUGUUUUACAAAUGCCACAGAAUCAAUGGUGUGUGGAGUUAAGUGCAGGAAAUAUUAUUAUUUUGGAUAACUAUCGCAUUUGUUGGCGUUUAAAAAAUUUCCUAAUCGAUAGCGAAUUGGAGUGCAUGUACUUGGAGAGAAAACAUUACUUAAGUAGUUUGAAUAUAUUGAACAAUACUUGACAAGGUAAUUUUUUCACAUUUUAAUACAUUUAAAUGUAUAUCUUUUAACGCUAAUUUAAUAAAAUAUUUAUUAAGAACAAA